AUGAAGAAUUUGAGAAGAAUUUCGCAGAAUGGUGGAUAUGUAAUUUUCUCACCUUUUAAUUUAAAUUUUGGAGAAUUGAAAUAUUUGACAUCGCUUGAUAUUAGUAAUAAGCACUUGUCAGAUGAAUAUAUUGCAACAAUUGGUAAUUGGGAUACAUUGAAAGAGUUAGAUGUCAGUUUAAAUAGUGAUAUUACUGAACGUGGAAUUGGAAUAAUUAGUGAAAAAUCUCUAUUGAAUAAGUUAAGUGUUCAUUCAAUGACCAUCAGCACAAAAGGUUUUGAAUUGAUCAGUAGAAUGAAAAAUUUGACAGAUUUAAACAUUAUGCAAACUGUAUUGGAUAUUGAAAAAAUCAAAUUCAUUUCUGAAAUGGAACAGUUAACAGCAAUUGACAUUUCUUUCAAUAAUAUUGGAACUGAUGAAUUAGGAUUGAUCUGUAAGCUUGAAAAACUCAGAAUACUCAAAGCAAAUGGUAAUCAAAUUAAUUCUGAUGGAGCUAAAUUGAUCAAAGAUUUGAAACAUUUAACUCAUCUCAGUAUUAACAAUAACCAAAUAGGAAAAGAAGGUGUCAAAUGUAUUGGUGAACUUGAACAUUUAACACAUCUUGCAGUUGGUAGUAAUAGAAUUAAAGAUAAAGGAUUGAAAUAUAUUGGAAGAUUGCAAAGAUUGAAUUUCCUUUCCAUCUAUGACAAUGGGAUUAAAGGAAAAGGUGUAAAAUAUCUAAGUAGUUUAUCACGUCUAGUAACUCUAGACAUCCAUUCGAAUGGAAUUGAUAGUUCCAAAACAACAAAACUUAUCAGUGAAAUGACACAAUUAAGAUCACUUGAUAUUAGUGAUAAUUAUUUUGGAAACUCUUUUAAAUGUAUAACAAACUUGAAACAAUUAACUAAGCUUAAUAUCAGUGAGAAUGAUCUUACUGACAAGUUUGCUUCCUCAAUUAGCCAAUUGAGCCAAUUGACCUACCUUGACAUUCGCGGAAACGAAAUUAUCUAUGAGGGAUUCAAAGAAAUUUGUGAAAAAUUGGAAUAUUUAACCUAUCUUGAUUUAAGUGAUAAUCAAACAAAUGAGAAGGCGAUAUCAUUUCUGGCGAGUUUCAAGAGAUACUCAAAAAUCAAACAAUUAUUCUUUGAUUCAGAAGUUGAUGAGGAUAGUACCAGCGAUGAAGAUAGUGAUUAA